UCUGCGGCGCGCGCGCUGCCUAAUCUCAGUUCCGAGGGCCGGCUGUUGAGCGCGCAAGCCCUGGCUUGUCCGGCGGGGCAGUGCGGGCGGCUUCCCCAGCCAGGGUCGUCUGUGACCCGUGGUCCGUUUCUCCGUCAUCACGGGGAAUAAAUUUCUGGAAACCGACUGGUGCUCUCCCGGAGACGGGGCAGAUAUUCAAGACGCCUUCGUCUUCCUUGAGUGGACAGCGAGCCCGGCAUCUCUGGCGUCCGUGCCUGGCAGUUUUUCCAGGUGACUGCCCCAUUGAAAAAUGGCUACUGGACAGGACCGGGUAGUUGCUCUAGUGGACAUGGACUGUUUUUUUGUUCAAGUGGAACAGCGGCAAAAUCCUCAUUUGAGGAAUAAACCUUGUGCGGUUGUACAGUACAAAUCAUGGAAAGGUGGUGGAAUAGUUGCAGUGAGUUAUGAAGCUCGUGCAUUUGGGGUCACUAGAAGCAUGUGGGCAGAUGAUGCUAAGAAGUUAUGUCCAGAUCUUCUACUGGCACAAGUUCGUGAGUCCCGUGGGAAAGCUAACCUCACCAAGUACCGGGAAGCCAGUGUGGAAGUGAUGGGGAUAAUGUCUCGUUUUGCUGUAAUUGAACGUGCCAGCAUUGAUGAGGCUUAUAUAGACCUGACCAGUGCUGUCCAAGAGAGACUACAAAACCUGCAGGGUCAACCUAUCUCUGCUGACUUAUUGCCAACCACCUACAUUGAAGGGUUGCCUCAAGGCCCUACAACAGCAGAAGGAACUGAUCAGAAAGAGGAGAUCCGAAAACAAGGCUUAUUUCAAUGGCUUGAUUCUCUUCAGAUUGAUAACAACACCUCUCCAGACCUGCAGCUCACUGUUGGAGCAGUGAUUGUGGAGGAAGUGAGAGCAGCCAUAGAGAGGGAGACAGGCUUUCAGUGUUCAGCUGGAAUUUCACACAAUAAGGUCCUGGCAAAACUGGCCUGUGGACUGAACAAGCCCAACCGCCAAACCCUGGUCUCACAUGGGUCAGUCCCACAGCUCUUCAGCCAGAUGCCUAUUAGCAAAAUCCGUAGUCUUGGAGGAAAGCUAGGUGCUUCUGUCAUUGAAAUCCUGGGGGUGGAAUACAUGGGUGAACUGACUCAGUUCACUGAAUCUCAGCUCCAGAGUCAUUUUGGGGAGAAGAAUGGAUCUUGGCUAUAUGCCAUGUGCCGUGGGAUUGAACAUGAUCCAGUUAAACCCAGGCAACUACCUAAAACCAUUGGCUGCAGUAAGAACUUCCCAGGAAAGACAGCUCUGACUACUCGGGAACAGGUACAAUGGUGGCUUUUGCAAUUAGCCCAGGAACUAGAGGAGAGACUAACCAAGGACCAAAAUGAUAAUGACAGGGUGGCCACCCAGUUGGCUGUGAGCAUUCGUGUACAAGGAGACAAACGUCUCAGCAGCCUGCGUCGCUGCUGUGCCCUUACCCGCUAUGAUGCUCACAAAAUGAGCCAUGAUGCAUUUGCUGUCAUCAAGAACUGUAACACUUCAGGAAUCAAAACUGACUGGUCCCCUCCCCUCACAAUGCUUUUCCUCUGUGCUACCAAAUUCUCCGCUCCUGCCCCUUCAUCUUGCACAGACAUCACCACCUUCUUGAGCAGUGACCCAAGUUCUGUGACAAAGAUGCCAGUUUCCGGUUCAGAAGCUAAGACCCAGGGAUGUGACCUAGCAGUGACAGCCACUAAGAAAGCAACUACUUCUCUGGAAUCAUUCUUCCAAAAAGCUGCAAAAAAGCAGAAAGUCAAAGAAGCUUCACUGUCAUCUCUUACUGCCACUGCCCAGGUGCCCAUGAGCAAUUCACCAUCCAAGCCCUCCUUACCUUUCCAAACCAGUCGUACUACAGGAAUUGAGCCCUUCUUUAAGCAGAAGAGUCUACUUCUAAAGCAGAAACAGCUUAAUAAUCCUUCGAUUUUCUUCCCUCCACAAAAUUCACAGUCUAGUCCUGAAGAGUUAACAAACGGUUUUCCAACACAGUAUCCAAAUUACACCCCUGUCUGUCAAGCAGUACCAAAGCUAGGAACCUCUAAAACAACUCCUACAGAGCUGGAUUUGACCCAGAACAGCCCAAGCAGGCUUGCUUCUUCCAGUUCUGCUCUGGAGGUGGCUCAGAAGUCAACUACAACUCCAAGUCCUAUGGCAGCUGAGGACCAAGUGCCCUGUGAGAAGUGUGGCUCUCUGGUACCUGUAUGGGAGAUGCCAGAACAUACGGACUAUCAUUUUGCAUUGGAGUUACAGAAAUCCUUUUUGCAGCCCCACUCCUCAAAUAUGCAGGUUGUUCCUGCCAGUUAUCAAAGCAAAAGAAAUCCCAAAAGCCCUUCAGCUUCCAAUAGUAAGCGAACUAGGCCUGAGGGCAUGCAGACAUUGGAAUCAUUUUUUAAACCAUUAACACACUAGUGGUGGCCUCAGGCUUACUGCAGGGUUUUAAUAUUUUACCUGGAAACAAGGAGAUGGAAAUAUGUUCACUUCUCAAGGAAAUCUAUAACUUUAUGAAAUUUUUAGUAAGAUAAAUAAUCCAGUUAGGUGCUGAGUUAAAACUCCCAUCUCUUCACAUGCAUGGAUUCUAAUUCCAUUGCUGAUAGAGAUGUAAAAACUAAUUUAUCAUUGCAGAGAUACAAAUGCUUUGAGUUUUUAAUCAUUAGAGUUUAGGGAGGCAGUGUCAGAGUACAAAUAUGUGGGCCUUGAAGCCUAGGAGAGGCACUUUCCACACUUUUCCUCAUCUGUAAAACUGAUAUGCGUUACAGAUUAUGGGAGAUUAAGGACAAUGUAUUUAAAGUACAGAGCUUAAAGAUGGCAGAAAAAGGAACUGGAUGAGAAAAAAACAAUUUAAAAAAACCUUUUCCCCAAGCUCUGUGACAGGGGCAGUUCAGAUAAUGCUUUGACCAAAAUGUGAUGUUUGAGAUCAGGUGAAGACCUGAAACCCUCAAGUGAUAACAUGUUAAGGGCAGGCCUCUGUUCACAGAAGCUGCUCAAUAAAUACUGAAUUUGGGACGCCGGGGUGGCUCAGUGGUUGAGCAUCUGCCUUUUGCUCAGGGUGUGAUCCCUGAGGCCUCGGACUGAGUCCCACAUCAGGCUCCUUGCAUGGAGCCUGCUUCUCCUCCCUCUGCCUGUGUCUCUGCCUCCCUCUCUGUGUCUCUCAUGAAUACAUACAUACAUACAUACUGAAUUUCAUACAACUAAACCCUAUUUAUGGCCACAAUUUUAGCCACUGGCCCUUCUACCUCCUGCAUUUGAUCUAAUGUAGAAUAAGAUUGUUAAUGGGCCAGUUCAGAAACUCUGUUUAGACUGGGUAAGUCACGAUCAGAACUAGAUCAUCUCUAGAAUCUUGCUAGGCUGAGUGUGAUUUUGAGAAACAGCAUCAGUGUCAUCAAGGAACUAUUUAGAAACUGUCUCAGCCUCACCCCUAUGGAAUCAGAAUCUGUAUAUUAACAAGAUUCUCCAGGGUGUUUGAGUAAUACCAAUCUAGAAGAUGCCAUGGCCAGUCAUGGGUUUGCAGAAGGCAAUGACAUUUCUUUAAACCCUGAAGUACAAAUUUAAGAGGUACUACUUGGCCUUCAGGGCCACUGGCAUGUUCAUCUGUUCCCUUUUGAUGUUUGAAUAUUGAGCAUAAGGUUUAUUGUAGCUUUCUGCACUUGUCCACGUAUAUAGUACUGUAUUCUUAAUCUUUGUUCUUAUAUGUGGAAAGUCAGCUUUUUUGGUAUGGGAAACCUUGCAUUACACAGAACCCAACUGAAAAUGAACUGAACUAGGUGGUGGUGGGGGAAGUGGGUCAGAAGUAUGGGGUAUAUAUCCCUCCAUCUCAUAUAUAACACACAAACCAACUGCUUUUCAAACGUAUUUAUAAAUUGCAGGUCUAUAUUUAGUUUGAAGAAGGUGGUAGCAUUUGAAAAAUACUGAGUGUCCCAGAAAAUUAUUUCUUCCUUCAAAAAUAUUUUCCUCUUGUGGCAGUUGAAUAAUGUGUACAUGGCCCUUUCCCUACCAUAUCUGUAGUUUCUUGAAGUCAAGAAUUCUUCACAGUGCCUUGCACAUAGUAGGUACUUGAUACUCACUGGAUGAAACAUGUAGUAAUUUUAGAUUACUAGAACUGGAACAGUAAAAUUGUACAUGCUACUGGGGGGGGCGCUGCCUUAAACAUCUUUUUAUCCUAAAUGUUCCAUUAAUAAGGUAUAGUUCACUGGUUCCUGAAGAUUUCUCAUUAAGUGCUGAUCAUUUUCUAAAGUCUCCUUUCUUAAUCUAGUGAAAAAUUUAAAAAAAAAAAAAGCCUAAAAUGAAGCAAUACUCUCAGGUCCUAUACAGAUUAAGUGGAACAAAUUUUGAACAUGUUGGUUGGUUGGAAAGAGUCAUACAGAAAAGCAAAGUGGUAAAAACUUUGGUUUUGUCGGUAUAGAGGCCAAGACGGGUGGGGAUAGUGGGUAACUAGUAACAAUAACAGCAGCACACCUGUUUUCUUGGAAAUGCCAACCCUGCCCCACGUACUGGGAAUAAGCCCGUGGAAGGGACAGCACACAGACAUGUAAAGGUCAGUGUUGGGUGAAAACUAUAGCACCUUUUUGUUGAAUACAACCUUUUCUCAGCUGUUUAUCAACAGUUGCACAUAGGAAGUAAAUGGCUUAGUCCCCAACACAGGAGGAAGUUGUUCAAACACAGGCUUCUUACAGUAGCAAGUUAAGCCACUGAUAUUUUUAAAAGCAGCAGAGCUUGAAUAGUUAGGAAAGCUAUUAAUUUAAUACUGUGGGGGGCAGCCCCAGUGGUGCAGCGGUUUGGCGCCGCCUACGGCCCUGGGUGUGAUCCUGGAGACGGGAUCGAGUCCAGGUCGGGCUCCCUUGGAUGAAGCCUGCUUCUCCCUCUACCUGUGUCUCUCUGCCUCUCUCUCUCUCUCUCUGUGUGUGUGCCUCUCAUGAAUAAAUAAAAUCUUUAAAAAAAAAUUUAAUACUGUGGGGACAGAGGUACCUGGGGGGCUGUCGGUUGAGCAUCCAACUCUUGAUUUCAGUUCAGGUCAUGAUCUUGGGGUCUUGAAAUUGAGCCCUGUGUCACACACCAAUUGGAAGAUUGAUUCUCUCUCUCUCUGUCUGCCCCCCUCCCCCACUGCUGCUUGCAGGCUCACACACUCUUUAAAAAAACAAACAAACAAAAAACCAGCAAAAUUCUCCCACAGAAUGCCUCAUGGGACUCGGACCACAUUUAUCAUUAAAUUUGUUUUGCAAGGACGCCUGUGUGGCUCAGCGGUUAAGCGUCUGCCUUCAGCUCAGGUUGUGAUCCCAGGGGCCCUGGAUUGAGUCCUGCAUCGGGCUCCCUGCAUGCGGCCUGCUUCUUCCUCUGCCUAUGUCUCUGUAUCUCUCUCUGUGUCAUGAAUAUUUUUUAAAAAAAUUCUUUUGCAUGAAUAAAAUAUUUAAAAAAUCA